AUGUACCCGAAGAUUACUUUCAAACCUAAUUCCUUAGCCACCGCCACUCGUAAUCGUAGAAGAGCAGGUUCUAAUGAUUUCGAUACUGAUUUUGAUACGAGAAGAAAUGUUUUGUGUUACCGUCGUCGUUGCUCUUCAACAUUGCCUUAUCCCAUUAUUAAAUCAACUCAUAAUAAAUAUGAAGAAUGUUUAGAUGAUUUAAGUACCAGAGUUAAUCGUAUCGAAGAAGUAGUCAAAAUUCUUAGUAAAACUGUUGAAACUUCAUCGUCAUCUUCUUCCAUCAAAAAAACUUCAUUUUCAAGUGCAAUUUUUAAUUCUGAAAUUGUUGAUUUUUCUAAAAUGGAUGUAAACGAAUUAGUUUCAUUUUCUAAUAGAUUGAGAAUUUGUUUGCUUGGAAAUCAUGAUAUUGACAACAGUAAUCAACAAAAGGAUGAAGCAGUUGCUCCUAAAGCUAAUAAUCGCAUGAACAUUAGUGCCAUUAUUAAUAAUACUAUAGAUACGAAAGAAAAGAAAUAA